UUGUUUUAUUGGAUUAUUCUAUUUCUAUGUCUAUGUCUAUCGCAAUAGACACUCUUAUAGACCGACAUGUUGCUUUUACUUCCUGAGGGACUGGUGGGUCAAACUUAGACUGAUCUUUUCUCCGUGCGGUAACAUAAAAAGAUCUGAUAAAUACGUAAGCCUCUCACCUUAAAGAGCUUUAUUCGCGCCAUUGUGAAUAAUAACCCAUCUACAUUUUCAAAACAGCAUCAACUUUAGACACGUGAUAGUCAUCUAGUAGAUUGACUGAAAUAGUAUACCUGCUACCCGCUAUACCUCCUUACUUACCUGAAGCAAAGCAUGUAAUUAUGAGAGGCAGUAACACAGAUUUCAUCUUGUUCCUAUUGCUGGCUCGUCCUUGAACUAUCUAUGCACUAGAACAGAUGCAUGUGCACUUCAUGGGAGACAAUGUCAAAAUGAUAUUUUACGCGUCCUUUCAAGUUUUCUUCUUCAGGAACACGUGGUCUCGCUUUGUAAUGGACCACGCGUCAUAUUUGAAAGGACGCUUGGUCUAAUGUGAUCGCCUCAAACAAUGGUCAGGUGAUAGGCACGAAACAAGGUCACCUCGUGUAGAUCUGAUACAUAUAAGUUAAAAAUCAUCGGUCCCAGGAUGGACCCCUGUGGAACGCCAUACUGAGAUGACUGGUACGAGGGUUUCCUAUCGUCGAUCUGCACGAACUGGGAGCGGCCAGAUAGAUAGCUCAAUAGCCACUUGAGAAAGGGUUUUCAGAAACCGAGCUUGUAGAACUUCACGAUGGUCGCGCUAAAGGAUAUGGUGUCAAAAGAAGGACUGAGCAUGCGCUCGGAAUUAUAGAUCACACCUACAAGAGCCCUACUAUACUUAUUGCGGCCAGGCACCUCUAUCCAUAGGUUUUCAAGUUCUGGGUGGGCAUUUUCAAUGUCACGACGGCGCUUAUAAUUGAUAUUUUCCUUAAUAUGAACACCGACGCCACCUCCCCUUAUACCUUCCCUGUUCCGGAAUUCCAUAACAAAGUCAGGGAUAGAAACAUAGUCCAAUAACUGCGGUUGAUCUCUAAGCCAGAUUUCGCUCAAUGCUACAAUGUCCAGUGGAUAUGAAUUAACAGUGAGUAAAAGCUAAUUAAAUGUCGAAACCAUGGACUGAGUAUUACGAUACAUUAUUUUUAACUGGCCUGAGUUAGAGCAGAGCGGAUGAAUAUCAAGACCAGGAUCAAGAGACCAAUACUCUCGGACCAAGUCGGUAGGUAGUCCGAGCACGGGUAAAAAAGGUCACCGAGCCAUUAUUUUGGAUUUCCAGUACAAUGUAAAGAGGUAUCCGAGCCGUGCCUCCAUUUUUACCAAACAUUUGUUACAUUGCGCAUGAGUUGAACAACGUACCUUUCUUGGUCCGAAGAAACAAUAGCUUUUAACUUAGACAACGCGAAGACACCUAAAGAAAAACGAUCAGGGUACUCUGUCGUCCAAGUGCAACUUGAAAAUAGAGGUAAGAUUUUCUUCAUUAGGGUGUGGUUGUUGUCGUUGUUGUUAUAGGUGCUGUGCUGUUCAUAAAGUUAGAAAUGUCUGUAUGAAGUAAAAACUUUCAUUUUUAUUCAUUUCAGGAAUAAAGUACAAUGUGGAUUCAAUAAUAAACAAAUGGAAGAAGAUGAAGAAACAGUUCAAGAAAGAAGUGGAUAAAUUUACAAGUAGUGGGACUGGUCGAAGGGAAAAAUGGCGAUAUUUCGACGAUAUGCAGGCCAUCUGCGGGCAUCGAGACAACAUUACACCAACAGUUUUGCUGGAAUCCUCAAAGGAUAAUGACCAUUCUGAUCAUUCAGAGGGUGAAUCUACUUGUGAUACUGAAAGUUGCGAAAUUGAUCUGUGGAGCAAUUCGACCUUUGAAAGUGGCAUAGUUGAUGAACAGCAGACUAUUGAAGGUCAAAGCACUAAGGUACAGGUGGACCUGAAAGACCUUGAGAAAGACCCAGGACAAGAAGGGAAAAAGGCCCUUAAAAGAGAUGCAGAAACCUUGAGUACUUCAAGAAAGCCAAAGAAAACUAAGUUAGAAAAGUCCCUUAAACUGUUGUUUGAUAGCUUUAAGGAAGCAACUGAAAUGGAGAUGAAACAGCAGCAGAAGAUUGAAGAAGAGCGCCAUAAGAGAGAAAUGGAAUUUCAGUGGAAGUUAAGGCAACUGGAAAUGAAACGAAGACGAAAAGAAAGGCAGCACUAGUUGUCAGUUUUAUAGUUACUCUCUUGGCAGGCUCCCAUGGCGGCAUUUCCUGUCAGUCAAAAUUUUAGCUAGAGCUAUCAAAAUGAUGGUUUUGGCUUCUCUACACCCAGUAACAGGUCUAGUGUUGACACUAGCAGUAGCAGCGGCAGCUUUGAUGAACCCCAAGCUACUUACAGUUGUAAGCCCAAAGAACACUGUUGAUAUUUCGAAAUAAUGCUGGCUGUAGUCUUCUUGCUUAUGCCACUGAAAUAAAAGUAGUUGUUGUU